AUGGCCAAAGGCCCCGAAUCGAUUCCACGCAGCAAAAACUUUCGGAGAUUGUUCAUCUCCGUCCCAGAGCCAGAGAGCCAGGGCCGCCGAGCAUCGCCGAAGCGCCGAGCCGAGGGCCUCUCGAAGUUCCACGACCAGAACCCUUACGCCUUCGGUGAUGGGCCCCCGCUACGCUAUGCUCCUGCUGAGGCGGAAGUCUCCUCCCCUCCCGCGGCCCAGUGCUUACCGGAAAGGUUUCCGAUCAACUACCUCCUUAUCGAGUCCCUGCAGAAGUUCCACCAAUACUACGGGGACGAUUAUCUUGUCGAGUGCCCCACUGGCUCCGGCAACAAGAUGAGCAUCUUGAAGAUUGCUGACGAGCUGUCCGAGCGGCUCAUCAAGAUCUUCUUGAAAGCUGAGGACGGCCAUCGGCCAGGCAUGCGGCUGCAUCCGAAGAUGAAGGAGGAGCACUUCGACCAAAACCUUCUUUUCUACGAGUACUUCCAUGGGGAGAAUGGUCGUGGCGUGGGAUCCUCGCAUCAGACGGGCUGGACGGGGCUCAUCGCGAAGCUGAUCCAGGCCCGCGGCCGCGAGGUUGGUGCGGCGAAGCGCACCAAGAAGGAGUACGAAGCCUAUGUCAAGGAGGAGGUCAAUCUGCAGUUUCGGCUUUGUAGGAAAGCCAGUCCGGAAAACAAGCACGAGAUGCGGGCCCGGGUCAUGUCACAGAGGAACUUCGACGUGCGAGAUGAACUCCGCGCAACGGCCGAUCGGCGGAAGCCCGUGCAGGACCGAGCCGUGAUCGGCCACACUUGCACGACUGGUGGCGUAACCGGCAUCGCACACCGGCUCGCUGAGAUCCACCACUCAGCCUCUGCUGUGCUCAACAGCCAUCUGCCGAGGAUGUCCCAAGCGACCAUGGACCACACUCCCAAGGUCAACGCCUUCCGCAGCUUCUGCAUGCAGGUGGUGGACCAGCUUUGUGUCGAGUUUGAGCGUGAGGUGGCGCAGAUGACACAGGACAUCACCAUGUACCGUGGGGAGCUGGCCCGGUGCGCUGACCUACUGGCUUUUCAGCUGGGGAAGGAGAAGAGCUAUCACAACAUGCUGGACAACAUCUGCAGCAACACAAGCGUUCUGGUUGGAAAGGCCCAGGAAGUGGGGCAGAAGCACAGUGGAAAUGAACCCAUGAAGCAGCAGAUGCAUCAGAUGCUCGAGCAGAUGUUCGAAGGCGGCCGCGGUGCCCUGGCCGAUCAUUACGGCACGCUGGACGAGCACCGCCAGCUCGCUGAGAAGCACCUCAUGAGCUCCGCCGAGCUGCAGAGUGGGGCCGCAGCUGUGCAGAAGGAGCUCGACAACAUCAUGCAGACCUUGCAGGUGCCCCCCGUCUCCUACCGCGAAGCUCCCGUCAUCAUGGGACCUUCUGCAAUGCAAGGCCCAAUCGGGCGGCCACCUCAAGGCGCAGGACCAAACAGGCCCUUCGCGAGCUUCAACCCGAGGAAUGGUCCCACGCUUCAAGCCGGUGCUAAUUUACCGAAUAUGCCGAUGUCAAUGUCGAACCCCGGCUCGCCGUAUCGUUCUCCAGGCGGCGACCGUGGCUACAUGGGUCCAGGAGCUCCAAGGUUUCCCACGAUUCCUGAGGACACGGUGCAGGGUGCUGUGUCGCAGCUUUUUCGGACAAAUCCCAAUUGCACGCGACAGCAACUCGCAGAUGCAUCCCUGGCUGCGCUUGUGGAGAUGUCGAGCAGCACCGGCGGACCGCAGGCCGUCACCAGCUUCGAGCCUGUGUGUACAAGCGACAGCGGGCCCGAGCUGCCCGAGCAAGAAGAGGGAGCAGCACCAGUCCACGAUGAGCUUUUGGAUAGCUUGCUGGCUGCACUCCUGGGUCUUCCCGACGAUGAGCUGAAAGCGUGCGUUUCAACACUGAGAUCCAUUUUCUCCCGAAUCGCCGAGCAGCCAGACGAGUUGAAAUUCCGACGCUUGCGCAAGCAUAACCCGCGCUUUCUUGCAGAGGUUGGAAAACACAAGGAGGCUCUGGCUCUCAUGCUCCACGCAGGCUUCCAAGAGCAAGAAGGCGACGGCGAGGUCGUCCUUGUCCUGGCCGGCGAGUUGACCGAGUCCUUCAAGCAAGUCUGCGAGGCCAUUCGAUCGGCGGCAGAGGUUGUGGCUCCAGUGUCUUCGACCUCGGGGAACUUGGCAAUCUCGCCUCAGCCGACAGCCGCUGCAAGCUCCAGGGUUUCCGAUCGGCGUCAACAUGUCGCAGCCCUGACAGAGCAGAGAUUGAAGGACCCAAGGGGCUUCCGAGAGGAUGCGGCACGAAGGCUCAGGGCCAACCCCGGCGUGGGCGGUGCAGCACCGCGACCAGCCGUGCCACCUCCCGUUGCACGGCGAGCCCAGCACUUCACCCUGACGGACAUCGAGAACAUGCGGACACAGGAGGCAAUUGCGGGAAUGCCCAACUAUGCGGAUCAGUACCGCCAAGCUCACCAGGCCAGCCCUGCAACGUCGUACUCAACACUCGUUUCCAGAAGCUAUGACCCUGAGCUCAUCGCACGCCAGGCUUUGGACGGCACCAACCAGUACCGUGCUUCCAAGGGACUAGUGCCGCUGCAGUGGCACGACGGCAUUGCUCGGAUUGCACGUCAGCACGCGGAGCAGAUGGCCAGUGGGGCAAUGCCGUUUGGUCACGACGGCGUAGAGGAGCGCUUCCGCGCCUAUCCGAUGGCCCAUCGUGCCGCAGCGGAGAACUUGGCACUGAACAACGGCGUUGCAGAGGUCGCCAAGGUGGCAGUCGAUGGUUGGAUCAAAUCUCCCGGGCACGAGAGGAAUCUCCGCGGAACUUUUAACCUCUGCGGCCUGGGAGUUGCACGGGCCUCCAAUGGCACCUUCUAUCUCACGCAACUCUUCGCGCUGGCAUGA